GCGCGCCCCGCCUCAGUCCCGCGACCGGCGCCCAGCGCGCAGCGGCGGGGAGUGUCCCGGAGUCGGAGCCCCGACGCUCUGCGCACUCAGUGUCCGCCGCGUCCCGGGAGGACAUGGGGGUACCCGGCUGAGCACCCAAUCCUGCCGCCGAGACCCGCGCGCCCGAGCCACCGUGCCUCCAGCCACGGCCCCUGCACGCACGGACGAUGGCGAAGGCGACGGCCGGCGCCGCGGGGCUGCGGUUCCUGCUGCUGCUGCUGCAGCUGCUCGGCGAAGCCGCUCUGGGACUCUACUUCUCCAGAGACACUUACUGGGAGAAGCUGUACGUGGACCAGCAGGCGGGCAUGCCCCUGCUCUACGUGCAUGCCCUGCGCGACCUCCCCGAGGAGGUGCCCAGCUUCCGGCUGGGCCAGCACCUCUACGGCGCCUACCGCACUCGGCUGCAGGAGAACGUCUGGAUCCGCAUCCAGGAGGACACGGGCCUCCUCUACCUGAACCAGAGCCUGGACCACAGCACCUGGGAGAAGCUCAGCAUCCGCAAUGGAGGCUUCCCCCAACUCACUGUCUACCUUCACGUCUACCUGUCACCCACAUCCCAGCGAGAGAACGAGUGCCAGUGGCCAGGGUGCGCCCGAGUGUACUUCUGCUUCAUGAACACCUCCUUCCCCACAUGCGAUGGCUUCGAAGUCAAGGAUCUCUGCUUCCCCCCGUCGGAUCUCUCCUUCCGCAUCCGGGAGAAUAAGCCCCCGGGCACCUUCUACCAGUUUCGCCAGCUGCCCGUGCAUUACCAGUGCCCGAACAUCAGUGUGACUUACCAGCUCCUGGAAGACAGCAGACCCUUCCGCUGCGCACCCGACAGUCUGGAGGUGAGCACGCGCUGGGCCCUGGACCGCGAGCAGCAGGAGAAGUACCGUCUGGUGGCCGAGUGCACCGUGCGCCUGGGUUCGCUGGAGAAGAAGUUAAUGGUGCCCUGCCCCGUGGUCGUGUACGACGAGGACGACUCGGCGCCCGCCUUCCUCGGGGGCGUGGACACCGCCAGCGCCGUGGUGGAGUUCAAGCGGAAGGAGGGCACUGUGCUGACCACACUCCGAGUUUCCGAUGCUGACGUGGUGCCGGCGUCUGGGGAGCUGCUGAGGCGUUACACCGCAACAUUGCAGUCCAGCGACCCCUGGGUCCUGCAGACCUUCCGUGUGGAGCACCUGCCCAACGAGACCACAGUGCAGGUCAACGGCAGCUCGGUGCGGGAGACCCUGCACGAUUACAGGCUGGUUCUCAACCGCAGUGUCCCCAUCUCGGAGAGUCAAACCCUCCAGCUGACUGUGCUGGUCAAUGACUCGGACUUCCAAGGCCCAGGGGAGGGUUUCCUCCAGCUCCACUUCAACGUGUCGGUGCUGCCCGUCAGCCUGCGCCUCCUGGGCCCCUACACCUUCACUGUGAGCAGGAGGGCCAGCCGCUUUGCCCAGGUUGGAAAAGUGUGUGUGGAAAACUGCGAGGAGUUCAGCGGCAUCCACGUGCUGUACAAGCUCCAGGCGGCCAGCGCCAACUGCAGCGUCCUGGGCGUGCUCACCUCCGCCGAGGACUCCUCAGGGCUCCUGUUUGUGAACGACACCGAGGCGCUGCGGCGACCCGAGUGUGCCCAGCUGCAGUACACGGUGGUAGCCGCCGACCGCUCCACCCGCAGGCAGACCCAGGCCACGCUAACGGCCACCGUGGAGGGGACGUAUGUGCCAGAGGAGCUGGACUGCCCCAGGUCGUGUGCAGUGAGCAAGCGGCGGCUGGAGUGUGAGGAGUGCGGCGGGCUGGGCGCCCCGAGCGGCCGGUGCGAGUGGAGACAGGGAGACGGCAGAGGGAUCACCCGGAACUUCUCUACCUGCUCCCCCAGCAUCAAGACGUGUCCCGAUGGCCGCUGCGAUGCCGUGGAGAGCAGAGACCUCAACAUCUGCCCCCAGGACUGCCUUCGGGGUGGCAACAUCGUUGGUGGGCAUGAGCCAGGGGAGCGUCGGGGCAUCAAAGCUGGCUUUGGCAUCUGCAACUGCUUCCCAGAUGACAAGAAGUGCUUCUGCGAGCCGGAGGACAGCCAGGAGCUGCUGUGUGAUGAGCUUUGCCGCAUGGUUGUCGUUGCGGCUGUGCUGUGCUCCCUGAUCGCAUCGGUCCUGCUGGCCAUCUUCUGCAUCCACCGCUUCCACAAGAACGCCCCCAAGCCGCCCAUCGCCUCGGCCGAGAUGACCUUCCGCCGGCCCACCCAGGCCUUCCCGGUCAGCUACUCCUCAUCCGGCGCCCGCCGGCCCUCGCUCGACUCUAUGGAGAACCAGGUCUCUGUGGACGCCUUCAAGAUCCCGGAGGAUCCAAAGUGGGAAUUCCCCCGGAAGAACUUAAUUCUUGGGAAAACACUGGGAGAAGGCGAAUUUGGGAAAGUGGUCCAGGCAACGGCCUUCCGGCUGAAAGGCAAAGCGGGCUACACCACAGUGGCCGUGAAGAUGCUGAAAGAAAAUGCCUCCCCGAGUGAGCUGCGGGAUCUGCUGUCCGAAUUCAACCUCCUGAAGCAGGUCAACCACCCCCAGGUCAUCAAGCUCUAUGGGGCCUGCAGCCAGGACGGGCCGCUCCUCCUCAUCGUGGAGUACGCUAAGUAUGGCUCCCUGCGGGGCUUCCUCCGGGAGAGCCGCAAAGCGGGGCCAGGCUACGUGGGCGGCAGCAGCAGCGGGGGCAGCCGGGGCAGCCGCAACUCCAGCUACCUGGACAACCCGGACGAGCGGGCGCUGACCAUGGGCGACCUCAUCUCUUUUGCCUGGCAGAUCUCUCGGGGCAUGCAGUACCUGGCCGAGAUGAAGCUGGUCCAUCGGGACCUGGCAGCCAGGAAUGUCCUAGUCGCUGAGGGGCGGAAGAUGAAGAUUUCAGAUUUUGGCCUGUCUCGAGACGUUUAUGAAGAGGACUCCUAUGUCAAGAGGAGCAAGGGCCGGAUUCCAGUUAAAUGGAUGGCAAUUGAAUCCCUCUUCGAUCAUAUCUACACCACCCAGAGUGAUGUGUGGUCCUUCGGGGUUCUGCUGUGGGAGAUUGUGACCCUGGGGGGCAAUCCGUACCCUGGGAUCCCUCCAGAGAGGCUCUUCAACCUUCUGAAGACAGGCUACCGGAUGGAGCGGCCUGACAACUGCAGCGAGGAGAUGUACGGUCUCAUGUUGCAGUGUUGGAAGCAGGAGCCAGACAAGAGACCUGUGUUUGCCGACAUUAGCAAAGACCUGGAGAAGAUGAUGGUGAAGAGCCGAGACUACUUGGAUCUGGCUGCAUCCACACCUUCUGAUUCCCUGCUUUACGACGAUGGCCUCUCGGAGGAGGAGACGCCCCUGGUGGACUGUAAUAAUGCUCCCCUCCCUCGAACCCUCCCUUCCACGUGGAUUGAAAACAAACUCUAUGGCAUGUCAGACCCGAACUGGCCUGAAGAGAGUCCUGUACCACACACGAGAGCCGAUGGCACUAACAGUGGGUGUCCACGCUAUGCAAAUGAUAGUGUUUAUGCUAACUGGAUGGUUUCACCCUCAGCGGCACAGUUAAUGGACUCGUUUGAUAGUUAACAUUUCUUGGUGAAAGGUAAUGGACUCACCAGGGGGAAGACGCGGGCUUUUCACACUGGCUGGUGAUUUUCCCUCCUAACAGACCUAGUGCACCGGAUGAGCAGCCUGAGUCCAGUGUGGAAGUGUGUCCUUGCCUUCACGCUCAGCCGUGCCCAGUGUGGGUCUGUGUUCGUUGUGACUGCCGUGCGCUCUGCCCACAAGCCUGGGGAUCAUACUCCCUACCUGAACUGUUUGAUUUCUCUGGUUGCCGCCUAACGAGGCAACACGAUUUCAACAUGAAGCACAUACACACAAAGGCAGCAGGAACCAGAUGGAUCCCAUCCCCCGGUCUAUGCAGCAGAGGCAGGAAAGGCCUGAAGGAGUGCCCUAGCCCUGCCCGGCCUGGAGGGAUCGAAGGGCCAUGGAAAUGGGUCUCCGCUCAGCUUUUGAGAUCCUUAGAAGUGUUUGGUAUUUUUUUGUUUUGUUUUUGUUUUUUAACAUAAGUAAUGUUAGCCUUUUCCUAGGGCGAUAUUUGAUUUUUAUAUUGUUUCUUAGAUCUAGCACAAUGAAGAGAUCUGAUGUCUUACUUGCUGUGUACAUGGGCAAUGGAGUGGAGUUGAUUCACAAGACACAUUUGUCCCCAUCACCACCCCCUGACGAGAACAGUGGGAAAAUGAGGGGUGUCCUAGUGUGUGAUCGCCCCUCCCAAGAAUGUUCACAGCAUGGAAUUGGCUCUUGACAAUGCCGUGCUCUUGCACCCCACAUCCAGGGCCAACAAGUCAGUGACUCAUCUCACACGUCAGGACUGGGUGGGGCCUUCGAGGUUUGGUGGGGGACAGACAGUUCAGCUAGUUCCGUUGGUAUUCGGAUUGACAGUGACCCAGCACAGCCAUACCUCUGAUUACAAUUCUAAUGUGGCAAAGACCAUGUUUUGGCUCUUAUAGAGCUUCUGUGGAGAAGGUACAUGUGUCAGCCCUUGUGUUUGUAACUUAAAGCUGCUAAAGCAAGAGCCUUCCUGAGAUUCUGAGUGACUCAUAAGCUGCUUGUCAUUCUUCGCUGCUUGUUUGUGGUCACCCACUCUGGGCCCUCCUCCCAUCCUGAGGGGGUGCCAUGGGGGAAGGCCUGGCAGCUUUUCUGUCUCAGCACUGCUACACUGCAGGAGGAGGUCGGUUACCAAAACACUGCCUGGUGUUCAGACUUCAAGCACUGUGAAAGCACUUAACAGUGGUCUCGUUCCAAUGCUGUCUUCUGCCAGCAAGGUCACAAAAAAGCAGUCCAAUGACAGCAUUUUGUGAGGGCAAGACAGCUAAGCUGGGUUUAUGUCAGAGCCAUUUGGGGGAAAGUGGUACAUGUGUACAUAUUGACAUACACCUUGAGAGAGAAAGAACUAGAAAAACACUGGAGAGAGAAACGUGACUUUUGUUUGGGCUAUUUUCUGAUAUACUGUGAUACAUUCUAUUAUAAAUAUCUAAACUUUUGGUUUUCAGAUGUGCUUAGUGAAUGGUCUUAUUGAAGGCAGAAAGAAGGAUGUAACUCUCAAAACAUUGAAAAUGCCAACUCCCUAAGUAUGAGUUGCUGCAGCUGGUUUGUUCUUGGCAGCGGAUGAAUUAGUGGCACUGGCUGGCUGACCCAGUGAUGGGGGAAUUAACCCUUGACUAAUAAUCUCAUUGUCUGGUCCCAAAUAAACAACAUUCUCAUACUUACUAGUCCUAUCAGACAGAAUUUUCCUAUGCAUAUAUGCAGAAGUGACUAAGUAUUAAGUAUUACCGAGUAUUAAGUAAUAAUCUGUCCGUUAUUAAUUUUGUAAAAUCAAUUUAUGAGAGGUUAUUAAAUGUCCCAUAUUCAGUUGCUUUUGUAACCAAGGUGACUAAGAAAAUAAUUCCAGUGAUGUAAAUAAAAUUAUUAAUC